UCCGUUUUUAGCUCCGGCCUCUUUCUAGCCAGGCUUUCAACUGUCUCCUGCAUUGCUGGGAAGUUCUGGAAGGAAGCAUGUGUUCCAGAGGUUGGGAUUCGUGUCUGGCUCUGGAAUUGCUACUGCUGCCUCUGUCACUCCUGGUGACCAGCAUUCAAGGUCACUGGGUACAUAUGACCGUGGUCUCCGGCAGCAACGUGACUCUGAACAUCUCUGAGAGCCUGCCUGAGAACUACAAACAACUAACCUGGUUUUAUACUUUUGACCAGAAGAUUGUAGAAUGGGAUUCCAGAAAAUCUAAGUACUUCGAAUCCAAAUUUAAAGGCAGGGUCAGACUUGAUCCUCAAAGUGGUGCACUGUACAUCUCUAAGGUCCAGAAAGAGGACAACAGCACCUAUAUCAUGAGGGUGUUGAAAAAGACUGGGAAUGAGCAAGAAUGGAAGAUCAAACUGCAAGUGCUUGACCCUGUACCCAAGCCUGUCAUCAAAAUUGAGAAGAUAGAAGACGUGGAUGACAACUGUUAUCUGAAACUGUCAUGUGUGAUACCUGGCGAGUCUAUAAACUACACCUGGUAUGGGGAUAAAAGUCCCUUCCCAAAGGAGUUCCAGAACAGUGUGCUUGAAACCACCCUUAAGCCACAUAAUUACUCCAGGUGUUAUACUUGCCAAGUCAGCAAUUCCGUGAGCAGCAAGAAUGGCACGGUCUGCCCCAGUCCACCCUGUACCCUGGGUAAGAAGGAUCCCUGGGAGCUGAGGGGGGCACAGGGUAACUGGAGUUCUUUUGAACAAAGAAAGUCUGGGUGUCCUACUCAGCCUCCUUGCACAGUGUGGUGGUGAAUCCCUAAGGUGUCUGGGAGAGCUGGGAGACAUGGGUUCUGCCACCAGCUCUACCACCACCUCCCAGCCAGCUCACCUCAACUUCAUGGGGCUCAGUGUUCUCACCUGCAAAGGACAUUUGGCAGAGAUCUCUGAUACUCCUCUUCCCUCUCCCGCUCUAACAAAGCAUAGUCCUAACAUCUGAGGCCAAGGUCAUCAUAGAGUAGUCUGAAACAUCAGGGUGAGCAGGGAGAAGGAAGGGCAAGUGGGUGAGCAGCUGUCUAGAGGGGCUUCAUUAGACAGCCAAAGUCAGCCAAGGAAAGAGGGACUGAGGUCAUUAGACAGCCAAAGUCAGCCAAGGAAAGAGGGACUGAGGAGAUGGGCUUGAGAGAGGCUGUCGAGCAGGCAUGAGAGCCUGAGCCUCAGGCGAAGCUUCUCCUCCCCAGGCUGAUGUUCCUAGAUGAAGUUAGGAAGCCAAAUUCCCCUGUCUCCUGGGAGGAUCCACUCAUUGGAGUGUCACACCUGGCUCUAGAUCAGGCCUACACUGGUGCUAGCAUGGGACAGCUAAGGCCGUGAGUUUUAGAGUCAGUCAUACCUGGGGUCACUUCUAGGACUGUCACUUACUAGCUAAACAAGUUACUUAGCUUCCCCAAGUCAUGUUCUUCCUAAAUAAAGGACAAAAUAACAGUUCUUAUCUCGUGCUAAGGAUUCAGUGAGACAAGACACGUAACCUGCCUAUCACAGUGGCUGACAAGUCCUUAGUAAGGGGGAGCUAAAUGAGAUGCUGUCUCUUAGAGUUUUGGGGACCCUUAAUAAACUUGGAUCAAUAUCUCCAGCACUCUGGGCCCCCUACCCUCCACAAUCCUGAAGUCAGAUCCCUGAGCCCUAGCGUACACAUUCUUCUAGAAUAACUCAGACCUGAGGUGCUCACAUUCACCUGUGACGCCUGUCAUGCCCAGUCAUCAGGGAUCCUGGCCUCUGAGAACAUUGCUGUUUUGUGGUCUUCCUGGGCUCUGUCUACCCUCCUUAUCUGCACUGAUUUCUUUAUCUCUACUCCCACAUGUGGACUACGGAGACUGUAUGCUCUUCCUUAUUCUUCCUAACUAAUUGGCUCUGUCUCUACCAGCCGCUCCUGAUAUGCCCUGCUCUUCUGCCACCACAGACCCACUGUGACAGUUUGGUAUCUGACCAUGAGAACACAAUUUGGCUGGUGGUUCCAACACCACCCUCAUAUCAAUAUCACAUCCUGAGAUCCAGAAAAAGGAAGAAGCACAUUCCCUGUCCUCUGUAAAAUGGGUGUGACUGUUCAUCCAAAGAGAGGAUAAAAGCAAUAAUAAAUCCAUUUUUGGAAGGAUAAACCCUUCUGUCACUUUUUAGUCACCCAAAUUAUCCUAGAAAGCCCCCUCAAACUCCCUUCCCUAUGGUAACUCUCAUUCCUUUUUUGUUUUGAUUUUCUCCAGCUCAGCCCUUCCCCACCCCAGCAUCUAAGCUUUCCUUCCAUCCCUUUUCUUUUUCCUUCCUUUUCUGUCUUCCUUUCUCUUCCCUUCUUCUUCCUAGUUGGUGCAGAUACUUAGUGGGGUGGAGAAACAAGGAAAGGAAGUGGUCCUUUUCUCUCUAAAGUCAGCUGUGCAUUGUAUCAUGUGGUCAUCUGUCUGUACCUGAAGAUCUACCCUACCUCGUUGAUGUCCAGAGUAGGGGAGCGAUGCUUUCCCAGGCCACAGAUAUGUCGAGGUAACCUUUGCACACAGGACCCAGGUAAGCCAGUGAUAUUUAAGGAAUUUCUGCACUUUUUAUACUUUAUGUUUGGGGAGAUUGAGAAAAAGAAUGUCCUAGGCAAAUAGGAUGGGAUUCAGGGAAGAAAUUCAUUCCCCUGCUCUGUGAGCUCCCACACCAGUGUCUAGUACCCUUGCCCCUUCUCAAUACAUUAGUCAAGAUAAAGAUACCUAAGUAUAUAGGGUUUU